AUGAGAAACUUAACUAAUGAAGAUCAAGAAGUUGAAUUUAGAGCAGUUUUAUCAAAUUCAUUAUUAGCAAGAAUGUUUCAAGAUAAUAUUAAUUAUGCUGAUGAAGAUAACGUCACUAAAUUAUUCAUCACAGGUUGUCCUACUCACAUUGAUGACAACUUUGUAUAUAUCAAAUACUGCUUACUAUUAGUAGGCUCUCAUUAUUAUAUGGUAUUCAAAGAUUGUGAUCAUUACUCAAUACAUCAAGAAGAUGCAAAGAAAUUAGAAUCUGGUUUUUAUAAGUAUUUUCUUACACUACCUCACAGUCUUUAUAUCUCAAUUCUAAUUAAAUUCAAGGAUAAAUACGUGGAUGUCCUUCAUACAGUUCUUUUAAUUAGAGCUCUACAUAAACUUGCGCUUACUAGAUUUUUUGCUCAUUUUAAUCCUGCAUUUGUAGUCACUCCUCAACCUUUUGUUUCAUGA